AUGUACGCAAAGAGCAAUGGCCUUGUAACCUUUGUUGAUGAGACGAGCACGCUACAUAAUCUAUACAACGAGGAGGGCCUAGAAGACAGCAUAUUCGGACCUGAGCGGAAUGUUGAUGGUGCCAUUGACCGCCCCGCAAAGCAUGCGAGCAAAGACAUCAAUGUCCUUAGCACGAUGCCGGACCAUGCUGAUGGGCAGAACUCGGUAGCUUCAAGGGACGGAGACUCCGUGCAACAACACAGUGACUCCGCACGUUCAGAGCAGCUGGAUGGAGCUCCCCCAGCUUGUGCCCUCGGAUCCAGCCCUCGUGCGGAUUUGAACGAGCGCUUGCUUCGGCUCAGCUAUCCCAUCGACCUGUACGCAGACCCUUCAGCGUCCGGUUCGACGGAAGGCCUCGAUACGCCUGGCUUUACGUCAAACUCAGACAUGGCGAUGAUUGACAGCCCACCACCGGCUCCAAGCGGCGACUUCAGCUGCAAUCUGGACAAUCUGGCGACACUUGCACUGUCUAUGCAGCCGCAGAGCACUGACUCUCCCACUUCGCCAACGAUAGGAGCCUUGAAGGAGCUUCCCAGCUACACUUCAGCUGCACGAGCACGUACAGGGACCCGCGCGUUCCCGCUGGAUGAUGUCGAGGAAGGCAAACUGAUGCGACAUUAUAUUGAUAAUCUCGGCCCCUGGUUCGAUACCUGCGACCUGGAACGGACCUUCACCAUCCAAGUCCCCAUUUUGGCUGCAAACUGUCCGACACUUCUGAAUGCAGUCUUUGCACUGUCUUCCAGGCAUCUUGCGGGCACAUCGAACUAUGAUCCCGGUAUCAGCGGGCAAUACCACGAAAGAUGCCUUGAGCACAUGAUCCCGGUGUUGAACGAUCCAGACGCUGUCAUGGACGACGUGUUACUCGCCGCAGCAUGCAUACUGCGAACUUUGGAGGAGCUUGACGUUUCACUUACCGGAACGGACAACGAGAGACACCUACUGGGGACGCAGGUCUUUGUCAAUACUCCGAGAACGCCUGGUGUAAUAUCUUCCCUUCGAGAGGCGGCCCUACAAUGUGCCAUCCGGCAAGAAAUUUGGAUGGCCGUCGUACACCAAAGGCCCAUGAAAAUAUCUUCCGAGCACAGCCGCAUCGACAGGACACUGUCGCCAACCGAUGAUCACGGAGUCUGGGCUUGUCGAAUGGUGCUUUUUUGCGCAGACGUGGUGCAGGCCUGCUUUGGCGAAACGGAGCUGAGCGUCGCGCGGUACUUUGAGCUUCUCAGCUACGACGUGCGAUGGCUCGCCAGCCGCCCGGUCUCUUGGCAACCGUUUGUUCACAGGCCUGCGGACCGCAGUAAAGGCGAAGUCUUCCCCCAGCUAUGGCUCAUGAACGAUGCCAUGGUCUUGGGAACACUUCACCACCAUCUCGCACGCCUUCUGCUCGCUUGCUUCAACCCGACAAUUCCUCGUGUGGGCCUGGGCCACAAGUCUGCUCUCCGGGCCGCCGAUGAAGAAAUCCGCUCCCACAUCUCGGACAUAUGCGGGCUUGCCCUCUCCAACCGCCAGACCGCCUCGGCCACGUUCACGGCUUCUAUCGCUAUCACCAUGUGCGGAGACCGCUUCACGGACCGUCUCGAGCAGGAGGGCUUACUUUCAGUUCUUGAGAUUACGGAGAAGAACCAUGCGUGGCCCACGCGCGGCGCAGAGGCUAUGCUGAGGAGUGGAUGGGGGUGGGUCUGA